GUACCCCACAAAACCUGAUUAUGUAUAGAGGAGCCAUAUACUGCCUAGGUACAAUGCUAAGAAACUAUUAGUUAUUGCAGCAUUCAGUAAAGGGCCUUAAAGGGUGUAGUCCUCAUGCGGCACUGCUGUGAAGAAAUCAUAGCGCCCCUUUCAAUUGUCUGAAAACCCAACUGGAUGUGAGAACCACUUUGGCAGUUCAUACAAUGGCAAUCAGGAUUAGGGUUCAUUUGUAUUUAUGAAAACUUGUAUUUGUGGAAUUUGUUUUACAACAUAUUGAGUUUCCCAAAAUCAGUGUAGGUGGUGACCCAAAAUUUUGAGCUCACUCUUUAGCUGUUCUAUUCUCUUGUUAGCGAGUUCUGCUAAGAAUGUAUUCAUUAUUUUGACUGCGAAAUUUUUGAGUAAAUUUGAGAUCCGUAACAUCGAACUGUAUUCACAUUCUGAUUGAAAGGACUGAAUCCAAUGAAAAAGAAGGCGGCGCCAUUGGUUCUGGGGUUACGAAAUGCAGUUUUUCUUACAGUCUUCAAUUAUCAUCGCUGAAGUUGCGGAUGCGUGUCCUCUGUAAUCCAGGUAGAAUGCAAUGGCUGCAAUUACUGCAGGGAUGGUAACUGCGAGGCCAGAUCCUGCUUUGGAGGUGAGAAGCGAAGAAUGGGCCGAAGAUGCGAGUACACUUGCUGCUUCAGAAGUUGUAAGCAGAGACUUUGAGAAUCAACUUAUAAUUGGCUUUUCCAAGUUAACUGAUGCGUCGGACUUCGUUGCAUGCAGCACCGAAUUCCAGAUGAAGCUCUCUUACAUCCGGACGUCCCGUGCUAUCAUCCAGAAGGAACGAGACAUCCGACAGGAAAGAAUUGCCCAGCUUAGCAGAGAAUUUGAGCAAGUUUUGGACCAGAUGCAGCAAGCACAUGAGGAAGCUGUUGCCGUUAAUAAGCAAAACGAGAGGCUAAUGAAGCUCAUCACGGAAUAUAUCAGUGAUCGUCAGGAAAACUUAUACAAAUUCUUGAGUUCUGCAUCGACCAAUGACUUGUCAUUACCUUCAUCACCUCGGGCUGUCGAGCUGUCCCUAAGCAGGUGCAAGUUUUCGUAUCCUUGUAUUCAACCCAUGAACAUCAUCAUUUGUACGAAUGUUUUUCCAUCACUGUGUGGACCAGCGUAGGUCUUAGUGUCCAUCGUGGACAAACUUUUUCAUAAAUCCAAACCAUGCAGUUACGUGCAUGUUGGGACAGAGAGCCAGAAGAAAACUCGGAGCUGGGCAGUGCUCCACGAAAGAAUCCGAAGAAGUCGCGCAGGGUAGACAAGUCUUCCCAGAGAUUGAGCGAUUGCAAUGCUAAAAACAGUGACGUAGCACGUCCUAAAAAACUUCCAGGUACUGAGAAUUCGACGCCAUUUCAAAUCUCGCCUGCUAGGAGUGACUCAUCGUCUGAUUCAUCGAGCUCCUCCAGAUCGGCAAGUGCAACCCCCCGCUUCGGCCUCAAGAGUUCUGAGGCUAUCGGGAGGAAAUCUCCGCAGUUGGUGCCGAGACUUGACUUGUCUCAGACCAUCGCAAACCCAGGAGCAGAGCCAGAAACAGGAGCAGGGAUUAAAAUAAAAAAAUUGGCAAACGUGAGCCAUGAGUUUCAACAAAAACCAGCUCAAUCCCACAUUGACUUAGAGAAUCCCAGCCGGCGCACUUCAAGGAGGACCGACAGUGCGCGAUUGAUCUCAAUGACGGAUGCCGACGACCACCUUGGAAACAGCGCUGAUUCUGCAAGAACUUUGCUCUUGCGGAUCAAACGACGGGCGAGAGAGGGCUCCUGUAGUGCUGAAGUCGGUGGAUUGGUUAACGAAGUGGGCACUAGCGGUACCAACAUCGUGAAAGAAUCAACUGAGGUGGAAAUGGCUGAAGGUGCACCUGUGAUCGAAGAACUACUCCGCCAACCACCAAUUCAAGAAAUGUUGGAAUCGGUAAUAAUUCAGAACGGAAGUGAAAGUAUAUCCGCAGCAUUCAAUUGCAAAGAUGGAGCUCGUGGGACAGCAGUCCCCGAGCUUCGAAGGUCGGUGAUCUCUCCCAUCGCAAAGAUCGAUCCGGGCCCGGACAUGGUCAUCCCAUGUACUAACGAUCCAGUCAGCGCAGCGGAAGUUUACAUGACGAAACAGGAAAAAGUCGAUCAAGAAAAAUCAGUUGAUUUGAACCUUGGAGAAAGGAGGACACAAUUGCUGCUCUGGUCAACAGGAGACAAACUAUUGACAUUACAAACAUUGAAUAACACCAUGUUUUUGUGGGAGGAUCACCCAAUAGAGUGUAGACACACCUCGCCGUACUCCCAAGAAAAUCUUGACCUCAUUCUGAGCAGCCUCGAUUCCGCCAAGGAGAGUCAGAGGAGACUGUUCGACUACUUAGAUAAAAUGCAGGGAAUCCCUCGGCGUGCCAUUUGUUGCAGCGCUGUUAGAGAACUUGUGCGCGCCUAUCCUCCAGAGAGAUUGGUGCCAACAUCGUUCAUCAAUGAGCAUUUCGUCCAGCAGGGGGUGCUUAACGAAAGCUACAGCUCUCCUAGAAAUACCACCUUGAUGAGUGCUCAAGACUCCGAAUCGGCAGAGUUUUGGCAAGCCUUGGUGCAUCACGUCUCCAGUGUGGCAGACCAUAAAAUGGCAGCGGCAGAGCAAAGUGCCAAAGAGUUUGCGGAGGUUCUCGUACAUGACAUGAGAUGUACCAGCAUUGUCGGAGACAUACACCUUGCACGGUUUGAGCUCCAGACGUUCUUGAAAGGAUGCUUUAAACUUGAGCCUGCAACGAGACAUCUCACCCCUCAAGGUGCCGUACCCAUCGCCUCUAUGAGCGACCAAGAUACUUUUGAGGAGCUGCUACCUAUAAGCGAUACAGCACGCACUCUCGAGAGCUCGGCACCAUCAUUGAAUGCAGAGACAAUUUCUUUCCAGAGCCAAGUCCGAGAUAUUACAGUAACAUCUGAGAAUGUUGCGCCUGGUAAUAAUUCGCCGUUCCCUCUAGUUGUCUCAAGACAUCCCAAGAAGUACAGCCAAUCCAUACUCAACUCUCUCAAGUUUUGGAAACGAAAGCCUCAGCAAUCUCCGGCCAUUGACAUCGACUACUUGACCAUGCUUAACAUAAACCGAAGUAUGAACGAUUCAGAGCGCGCCAAAAAGAGAUACUCUCCUACGAAGUAUGCAUUUCAUUUACAAACUUGA